AAUGGAUCGUGAUUAUGGCCCCGGAUCUUAUGGAGGGAUGGACCGUGACUAUGGCCAUGGAUCCUAUGGGGGUCAAAGAUCCAUGGACUCCUACCUAAACCAGUCAUAUGGCAUGGACAAUCACAGUGGUGGUGGUGGGGGUAGCAGGUUUGGACCUUAUGAGUCUUACGACUCCAGGUCUUCUCUGGGUGGGCGAGAUCUGUACAGAUCUGGCUAUGGUUUUAAUGAACCCGAACAAAGCCGCUUCGGAGGUAGUUAUGGUGGUCGAUUUGAGAGCUCCUACCGGAAUAGCCUUGACUCUUUCGGAGGUAGAAACCAGGGCGGGUCUAGCUGGGAAGCACCUUACUCCCGUUCAAAAUUGAGGCCUGGGUUUAUGGAGGACAGAGGAAGAGAGAAUUACUCUUCCUACAGCAGUUUUUCUUCACCCCAUAUGAAGCCUGCACCUGUAGGCUCUCGGGGGAGAGGAACGCCUGCUUAUCCUGAAAGUACGUUUGGAAGCAGAAACUAUGAUGCUUUUGGAGGACCAUCAACAGGCAGAGGCCGAGGCCGAGGACAUAUGAGUGAUUUUGGAAGCAUUCAUAGACCUGGAAUUGUUGUUGACUAUCAAAACAAACCCACCAAUGUGACAGUUGCUGCUGCAAGAGGAAUAAAGAGAAAAAUGAUGCAACCAUUUAAUAAGCCUGGUGGAACCUUUAUCAAGAAACCCAAGCUAGCAAAACCUGUGGAGAAGAUGAGCCUCAGCAAAUCACCUAAUAUCCUAGCAAAAACUGACCCUAAAAAUGAGGAAGAAGAAAAGCGACGAAUUGAGGCUCGGCGAGAGAAACAAAGGCGCAGAAGAGAAAAAAACAGUGAGAAAUACGGAGAUGGAUACAGAAUGGCAUUCACAUGUUCAUUUUGUAAAUUCCGAACAUUUGAAGAAAAAGAUAUUGAACUACAUCUGGAAAGUUCUUCACACCAGGAAACACUAGAUCAUAUUCAGAAACAAACCAAAUUUGAUAAAGUAGUUAUGGAGUUUUUGCAUGAAUGUAUGGUGAAUAAAUUCAAGAAAACAUCUAUUCGUAAGCAACAGACAAAUAAUCAAACAGAAGUAGUUAAAAUAAUUGAAAAAGAUGUUAUGGAAGGUGUUACUGCAGAUGAUCACAUGAUGAAAGUAGAGACUGUUCACUGCAGUGCGUGCAGUGUGUAUAUCCCUGCUUUACAUAGCUCUGUGCAGCAGCACCUAAAAUCUCCUGAUCAUAUCAAAGGGAAGCAGGCUUAUAAGGAGCAAAUAAAAAGAGAAAGUGUCUUGACUGCAACAAGCAUUUUAAAUAAUCCAAUAGUGAAGGCACGAUAUGAACGUUUUGUUAAGGUAAGAUUUUACGGCAAAACCUUUUUAGGUUAUAUCGUAGUAUCUUUAUAAUUGAAUGGUGACAUAGUAACUACGAUGUCUAAAUAUAGUGCAACAUUAGGAAGAAUUUUACUUAAUAUCUUGCAUAUAGGUAAAACAUCCUUUUUCCUAAUUGUUGGGAUUUUUUGGGUGAGGGAACAAUAAGCCAUUCUUCUCUUAUCCCUUUCUCACUAUGGAUCAUUUGAGAGAUAUGCAGGAGUCUGAUAGAAGAUCAAAAUGUCAGCUUUAUUCUUGAUUUUUAUU